AUGUCUUGGGAUCCUUCUGCAGCUGGUUUUUCUACAGAUUUCUCCAAUGGUGAUGUCCAAAACGACUUUGCUUCUGGCAAUGUUCAAUCUGAAUACAGUAACAAUGGUGGUAAUCAAGGUGGCUACGGUGGUGGUCAACAGCACUCUGAACGCCCUCCUCGCCCUGAACCUACUGAGGAGCAACUUCAACACAGAAGUUACAACUGGGCUUCUAAUCGUGCUCGUUAUGAAUUCAAUGAAAAUGCUGUUGAUGAGCAUGGCAUGGCUCCUCGUGAUGCUACUCUUGAAGCUGAACUCUUUGAAGAAAACUCUGCUGAGCAACAGACUAGUCUUGAUUUCUCCAAGUAUGAAAAGAUUCCUGUUCGCGUCGAACGUGGUACCGCUCCUCCUCCUAUCAAAAACUUUGAUGAAGCCGAUCUCCAUCCUGUCAUGAAGGAAAAUGUCAAACUCGCAAAGUACUCUAACCCUACUCCUGUCCAGACUUACUCUAUUCCUAUCGUUACUAGCGGUAAGGAUUUGAUGGCAUGUGCUCAAACCGGUUCCGGUAAGACCGCUGCCUUCUUGAUCCCUACUCUCUCUGCUCUUUUUGCCAACGCCAAGGAACUCCAAAAGCCUCGUCCUGCUCCUUACGAGUACAGAACCUACAAGGCUGAACCCCUUGUUCUCAUCAUUGCUCCUACCCGUGAGCUGUGUUCUCAAAUUUUUGAUGAAUGCAGAAGAUUCACCUACAGAUCCUCCCUUAGACCUUGUGCUGUUUAUGGUGGUGCUGACUCUAUUGGUCAAAUUCGUCAACUUGAACGUGGUUGUGAUGUCUUGGCUGCUGCUCCCGGUCGUCUUAUGGAUUUCAUUCAACGUGGUAAGAUUGGUCUCGGUAGAGUCAAGUAUCUCAUUUUGGAUGAAGCCGACAGAAUGUUGGACAUGGGUUUCGAAGCUGUUAUUCGUGCUAUUGCUCAAAAGAACGGUAUGCCUCAAGACAGACAAACUCUCUUGUUUUCUGCUACCUUCCCUCGUGCCAUCCGUGUCCUUGCUCGUGAUUUCUUGCGUCCUGACUAUCUCUUCUUGAAGGUCGGUCGUGUUGGUGGUACAUCUAAUGAUAUUACUCAAAAGAUCAUUUAUGUCGAGGAAGAUGAAAAGAGAGAGGCUCUCCGUACCUUGUUGAACUCUCAACCUCCUAGCCGUACCCUUAUUUUCGUUGAAACCAAGAGAAGUGCUGAUAGUUUGGAUCACUACCUCUAUGAACGCUCUUUCCCUUCCACUUCCAUCCACGGUGACCGUACUCAAAUGGAAAGAGAAGAUGCCCUCCUUGCUUUCAAGAGAGGCAAGUGUCCCAUCUUGGUUGCCACUGCCGUUGCUGCUCGUGGUAUUGAUAUCCGUAAUGUCAUGCACGUUAUCAACUACGAUAUGCCUCAAGACAUGGAUGAAUACAUUCAUCGUAUCGGUCGUACCGCUCGUGUCGGUAAAUCUGGUCUGGCUACCUCGUUCUACAAUGAGAGAAGUGAUUUGCUAGCUCCUGAGCUUACCAAGCUGUUGAAGGAAUGUAAGCAAGUAAUUCCUGACUUCCUCCAACCCUAUGUUACCGAAGAUAUGACUUUUGAUGAAGAUCUCGAUGAUAACGAUGUGCAAGCUCCUUCUUAUGCCGGUCAAGAGUACGUUCCUAUGGAGAGAAAUGCUCCUGGUGCUCCUCAAGGUUAUAACAAUGCUGACGCCACUGGCGCUGCUGAUGGUGCCUGGGAUAGUGGAAAUGGCGGUGGUGGCAACAGUGGCCGUCCUGGUGACUGGAACUGUCCUGACUGUGGUAUCUCCAACUUUGCCUCUCGUUAUGAAUGCUUCAAGUGUUCUACUCCUAGACCUGAAGGUGCCGGUGGUGAUGCUGGUGGUAGACAAAGCAAUAGUCGCCCUGGUGAUUGGAACUGUCCUGACUGUGGUAUCUCCAACUUUGCCUCUCGUUAUGAGUGCUUCAAGUGUUCUACUCCUAGACCUGAAGGUGCUGGUGGUGAUGCUGGUGAAAGACGUGGUCCUCGUCCUAGAAGAGAUGGUGAUUGGGAUUGUUCUGGCUGUUCCGCUGUCAACUUUGCCAACAGAACUGAAUGUUUUAGAUGUCAUGCUCCUAAGGAAGGCGGUGAUAGCUAUGGCGGCGAUGCUUCUUAUGGUUAUGAUAACUCUACUCCUGCUGAUACAAACACCAACUUUGAUUCUACCAACUGGGACUCUGCCGCUCAAGCUGGUUGGGGCGCCUCUGAGCCUGCUGCCGCUGCUCCUGCCGCUUCCUCUGGUGGAUGGGGCGAGCCUGCCGCUGCUCCCGCCGCUACACCAUCGCCUGCUCCUGCUGCUGCCGCUGGUGGUUGGGGUGCUCCCGAGCCUGCUGCUCCUGCCGCUUCCUCUGGUGGAUGGGGCGAGCCUGCCGCUGCUCCCGCCGCUACACCAUCGCCUGCUCCUGCUGCUGCCGCUGGUGGUUGGGGUGCUCCCGAGCCUGCUGCUCCCGCUGCUUCAUCUGGCGGAUGGGGCGAGCCUUCUCCUGCCGCUGCUGCUCCCGCCGCUACACCAUCGCCUGCUCCUGCUGCUGCCGCUGGUGGUUGGGGUGCUCCCGAGCCUGCUGCUCCCGCUGCUUCAUCUGGCGGAUGGGGCGAGCCUUCUCCUGCCGCUGCUGCUCCAGCACCUGCUCAACCUCCUGCUGCCCAAUCGCCCGCACCUGCUGCUAAGCCUACUCCUCCUCCUGCCACUGCUGCUCCCGCUGAUGAUGGAUGGGGUAGCGCUCCUCCUAUCGCUGCUGGCGGAUGGGGUGAUGCUCCUUCUACCACUAAUGGAGCUGGCUGGUAA